GAGGCGGCGCUGGCUGCCCGCCUCCGAGGCUGGGGCUGUCCGUGCGGCCGGGCGGAGGCGGGGCUGCCCGGCGCCACCUCCGACUACCUGGGAAGGCCUGGGCUGGCGGGCUAGCGGGCUAGCGAGGCCCCGGGCCCGCCGCUUCCUGUCCCCACACCCCCUGCCGAGGAGCCUCCCUCCGCGCCCCAACAUGGCGGGCGGGCACUGGGGUCCGCUGCUGACGGCGCUCCUGGCCGCCCGAGUCGCGACGGCGACGGAGGGCGGCCCCGAGCAGGCCGCGCUACCGGAGGAGCGGAGCCGGGUGCGGCCCAUGACCGCCUCCAACUGGACGCUGGUGAUGGAGGGCGAGUGGAUGCUGAAAUUUUACGCUCCUUGGUGUCCAUCCUGCCAGCAGACUGAUUCAGAAUGGGAGACAUUUGCAAAGAAUGGUGAAAUACUUCAAAUCAGUGUGGGGAAAGUAGAUGUCAUUCAAGAACCAGGUUUGAGUGGCCGCUUCUUUGUCACUACUCUCCCAGCAUUUUUUCAUGCAAAGGAUGGGAUAUUCCGCCGUUACCGUGGCCCAGGAGUCUAUGAAGACCUGCAGAAUUAUAUCUUAGAGAAAAAAUGGCAAUCAGUGGAGCCUCUGACUGGCUGGAAAUCCCCAGCUUCUCUGACGAUGUCUGGAAUGGCUGGUCUUUUUAGCAUCUCUGGCAAGAUAUGGCAUCUUCACAACUAUUUCACAGUGACCCUUGGAAUUCCUGCUUGGUGUUCUUACGUCUUUUUCGUCAUGGCCACCUUGAUUUUUGGCCUUUUCAUGGGUCUGGUCCUGGUGGUAAUAUCAGAAUGUUUCUAUAUACCACUUCCAAGGCAUUUAUCUGAACGUACUGAGCAGACUCGGAGGUCAGAGGAGGCCCACAAAGCUGAACAGCCACAGGAUGCAGAGGAGGAAAAAGAUGAUUCAAAUGAAGAAGAAAACAAGGACAGCCUUGUAGAUGAGGAAGAAGAGAAAGAAGACCUUGGUGAUGAGGAUGAAGCAGAGGAGGACGAGGAGGAGGACAGCCCGGCUGCUCGUGUGGACGAAGAGAGGAAUGACGCCCAGGACCAAGGGCCCCUGGGAGAGGUCCAGGAGGGGGGAGAAGCUGAGCCUGGAGAAGACGUGCCCGAGCAGGCCAGCCCAGCCCACACAGAGGUGGCAGAAGAUACCCUGAGGCAGCGCAGAAGUCAGCACGCCGACAAGGGCCCACAGGUCUAAUGACAGUAUUUCCGAGAAUUCAGACCAGAGGAGUAGUCAGCUUCCUUCUGGUCUGCAGUGUAAAUCAAAUCAUUAUUUUUUUUCUGAAUGAGCAAGCUUCUCUUAAAAAACAAUCUCUAGUCAUGUAGUCUCUGGCAUGAAGCCUCAUGUAUGUUAAUGAGAGUGUUUCAGACACGACAAUCAGGAAACAGAAAAACAGGGUGUUAGCAUCUGUUUGGGGACUUGGCAUGGGCACACAUUCAUUAGCUUGAGGCUAGAGAGUUUUGACCAGAGAAAGCACCCCGCAGGCGCCAUAAAACGCAAGCCAAGCCACACGACAACAUCCGCACAUCCGCACAUCCGCACAUCCGCAACACACAGAAGUCUUCUUGUGUUAAGUAUUCAUUUUUGUCAAACUUUAAGAGACAUCAGCCACCACGGUACAGAGACACUUUUUCAGAGAGAGAAAUUGAGAGGGCCCUGGUUAUUGUGGUAGAAAAGAGCUUGGACGUCAUCCCAACUCUCUAAAUCUCCUUUGUUAGGAUUUAUUUCUUACCUUUAGUAUUUCCAACUUUCCCACCACGGGCCUGCAGGCGCCCCACACUCUUCACAAUACUUCCUCAGUGAGAGGCCUCCGCUACACAUCAGCCGCCUUCGUUCUGACUGAAGGGUUUACAUAAUCCAGAACCAAAACCCACGGAGCUGUGACUGCCAAGGAUCUUGAAUGAAGUGUUGUAACCUUUGGAGAUUCAAAAGGAAGUAGGGAUUUUACAGGACAGAUUGUUGUUGUUGUUGUUUGCCAAAAUGUAGUAAAUUUUUUUUUCAAAAGGAUCCUUUAGCAAUAUUCUUUUUGAAGCCAGAAGUGCCCUAAGUGUUGCCAGUGCAAGGUUGUCUUGUGAAGAGAACUUGAAUACUUUGUUGUUUUGCUUCCAUCUCAAGGGGUUCUCUGGCUCUUGAACCACUUUAAUAUUAAGUGCAAAACCAUUUCUGGUUUUCUUUCAGUGAUGUGCUUUUGGUGAAAGAAUUAAUGAAAGUGAAUAUCUGGAAAUGAAAGAUUUGGUUUCCUUUCCUUCUUCCUUAAUCUUGUAAAGAAUUUUAUCCCUGUAAAUCUCUCAAUACUCAGUCUACUAAAAGUACCCAGGGGGCCCAAUUUCUUUUAGGGAAUCCAUCCAUCUACUUCUGCCUUACCUGAUUUAUGUCUUCGAAUAAAUUCAUAAAAUUAGAUUCCAAGCUUAUGAAAGAUGUCUGAAGUUGAUCCUACACCCUUUGGGUCCUGCAGAAAAACAAGUAAUACACGUUUAUGAAAUUCGAAAAGUUUCUGUCAUUUUUAUAAAGAAAUAUGCAGUAUACUCCUGUCUGGCUGUUUUGAUAACCCUUACCUUUUAUUAACUUUGAACACAGGCUCCUUGGAGGAGGGGGAGGUGCUGAGAUCCUCUACCCUUGAGUGGUUGGAUGGGCCUGUUGCAAGCCUCACACAAGGGAGUUUUUAUUCUGACAGAAUCCAAUUUUUAGAGAUGGUUAUUUCUCAUCUUUCCAACUCAGUUACCUGACAGUCUCAUCCCCCCGUACUGUGAGGUUCACGAGGAGUCGCCAAUAGUUUUUCUCUUCAGACAGCAACAGCACCUUGAGUUUGAGGCCAUCACAGAACUGACAGACUGGGAAAACCUUGACUUUGGCUCAUUUCCUGUCCCUCCACCAUGUACGUCUCUAACACAUCCUCAGCCCAAGCACCAUGGUUCUGAUGGUGGCAACUCCCUCUCCCUGAUCCUAGGAAGCUUUUGUGGAUCAUUGCUGAGUGGGGCCAGCCCUUCUGUCACUGGAUUUCUUUCUCUUAUAAUCAGCUGAAACAAUUUUCAAACAUCAGUAAGUUUAAAUUCAGAGGUAUGGAAUAAGAAAGGUUUCAUAGUUUGGCUUUUCUGUAUAAUACCUCCCCCUUUUACGCUCCUUAUAUUAAAACUUUUUUUUUUUUUUUUUUUAAGUGGAGUGUUUGACCAGAAGGGAAGGAAUGAAGAAAUAAAAUCCACUUUCACUUUUUAUAAAUGUAAGGCCAAUUUCCAAUUGGACCCCAAAUAAUACCUAAUUAUAUAACAAGAGAAAUGUAUGUUCUUUCUCAACAAUACUUUUAAAAAAUUGGAGGAAGAGGGGAAACCAGUUUGGAGAAGAAGAUUCAUUGAGAGUUGAAGCCUCUGUGGCUAUAGGAACCAUUUUUUUUAACAUCCUGGCAAAAGGUGGGGUUUUUAUUAAAUGGCCUGAUAAGUACACAUCUAAUUUGAUUUCUUUCCACUUGAGGCCUUUAGGUUUUCAGUAUUUACUGAAUAUAAAACUAAGGGGAAAAAAGUCAGUCUAAAAUAAUUUGAAAUUAGAUUAACAUUUCAGUAGGCUUUUAUGGAUUUUUUCUGGAGAUAAUCUAUUUAAUCCAGAAGUCAAAUGUGUGGAAACAUGAUUUUGAUUUAAAAAAUAAAAAAUAAUCGGGCGCCUGGGUGGCUCAGUUGGUUGAGCGACUGCCUUCGGCUCAGGUCAUGAUCCUGGAGUCUCUGGAUCGAGUCCCGCAUCGGGCUCCCUGCUCGGCAGGGAGUCUGCUUCUCCCUCUGACCCUCCCCCCUCUCAUGUACUCGCUCUCUCUCAUUCUCUCUCUCUCAAAUAAAUAAAUAAAAUCUUUAAAAAAAAAUAAAUAAAUAAAUAAAAAAUAAAAAAUAAUCAUGCUUCCUAUGUUGCAAUAUCAGUCAUCUAAUUACAGAAUAGUAUUUUCUGUAAAUCAAAAUUAGGAAAAUUAAAUAAAAGUGAUGGUAGAUUUGAGAAUGGGGGUGCAGUGUGUUAUAUGGGAGUAGUUUCUCUGAUGAGAGGGAAAGUCUGAAACUUCUAGCUACGUUUUUUUUAGUUUCUUUUAUCAUUCAUCUCUUGCUAGAUCUGCUCUACCACCCCAACUUGCUUAGAGAUCUCCUACUGGAGCUACAGAUAGGCAAUCCCACUUUUUUCUCUUUGAAGUCUAAGCACAGAAUGGGGUGACAGGCAGGACUCAUUCACUUCACAGGUCCCUGAACCUCAUGGGUGCAUACUUACAACCUCUUCUGGUGUGUGAGCCCUGUUAGCCACAGGCUUCUUUAACUACAAAAAGAAAUCCAAAAUAACGACUGUAAUGAAAAGUAAACAAGCGUUAGCCGGGUUGGCUUUUGACAGUGGAGAAGGCCAAAUUUUGACUUUUUUUAUGGCCAAAAUCCUUGUUGAUAACCAUGGCAUUGCUAUGUGAUUUGAGGAUAUGUAAGCCUGCAGAACUGGCAUUCUGUAACACCUUUGGGGGAAGGAUGAUAAAAACAUCUUCUAGCUGAGCACUUAGCCUUUAUAACUUUUACAACCAAGUCUUUAAGAGUGGAGCUUGUAUGCUGCUUUCCAGGAUGGCAAACAUUAAAGAGUCCCCCCCCCCCCAAAAAAAAAAAAA